AUGAGGUCAACGGAGAAGCGAGAUUAUAGAUACAACAGAUAUAUAUCAGUGUGCUUGGAAUACAAUAAAUGCAUCUACAGCGACAAUGAUGAAAAACUCCUACCCUCGUCUGGCGCGGAUUUGCCAAGUCCCGAGGAUACCCAGUUGACCGCCAGAGCAGGUGACAAACUCAUUCCCUGUCGAGAGAGAACUUCAUCCAAGAUCGUCAGCAAUGAAGAGAGGUUCGUGCCAAAACUCUGUCGGGCCCAGCAGAUAUUCAUCAGCCAAACUUCAAGGUUCGUCGUCUGGAGUCAACAGACAUGGAGGGGAUCAAUUUCCACUCAGGCAAAAGAGGAAUUCCACGCGCGCAGGAUCAGUGCCCAACGAUUAGAUUAA